AAAUGAAACUGAAAGAUGCUGCAAAGUAUUCCUCCUCCACCCAGAGACACCGAGCACAAAGGAACUUCUGCAGGAGAGGUCAAGAUGAUUGUCCAAUAUGUGGUGGCCGCGUGCGUUGUCCUCCUCUUCUGCUCCACACAGCUGUGUUGUAUGGCGAUAGAUCUGCAGCCCAAUACUUUUGAUGAUCAAUAUAUCGGCUGUGAAGGGGAAAUGGAGAAAAAAAUGCAAACGAUUCUUAAAGAAGAAAGGAAAUAUGGACAGUUUGACGAAAUGUGGAGAGAAGCAACCAGGCAUUGGGGCACACGCAAUUUAAAGCUCCCUGACUCCUUCAAGCAUGAGUAUGGGGUAGCGGUGGUUUUAUACACGAUGGAAACGCCGCACCCCAUCUACAAGCAGCUGAAUGGUAACGUCUCUAUUGCUGGACAGUCCCGAGAUUAUUAUAUGAAGAAUUUCCCCUUCAAAGCUCUUCACUUCUACCUGACCCGAGCUUUGCAGGUCCUGAGGGAAGGCUGUGCCAAGCGCUUCACCACCUACAGAGGAACCAAACUGGGCAACAUCAACAUCGCUAAAGAGUUCCGCUUCGGCCAGUUUACAUCCUCCUCCCAAGAUAAGAGCGAGGCUGAAAAGUUUGGCGCAAAUCCUUUCUUCAUCAUCUCGACCUGCUUUGGGGUAGACAUUGACAAGUUUUCAGAAUUUGACGAACUAGAAGUCUUGAUUCCAGUGGCAGAAAAAUUCAGAAACAUAAAGAAAAGUAAAAACACUUACACCGUGGAGAGCACCGGGCAGCUGUGCAGCUACUUCAACUGCGCAUACUUGGGAGGAGAAAAGUGUCGUAACCCGACGUGCCAUUCUGAUCUCAAAUUGUCAUCGAUAGAGAGAGAAGAGAGAAUUGGAAAUUUUCAUUGCAGUUCAGGAACCUUCCUGUAUUCUGGAUCCAGCACUCGGCUCUUCCUGGGUGGACUCAUCAUGCAUAUUGUGAUCGCCCGGCUGUACUGAGGUCACCACUGACAGGAGAUAAUUAUUCUGAAUAGGGGAGUCCAGCGCACGAGCCUAUAACUGCUUUAUACUCGUAUACGCUCAAAUAUCAUAAAAUAAUCAUAUAUCAGUAAUUGUAACACCCCAGAGUUGUGUUACUACAUGCCUCUACCCCGCUACUAUCUCCUAAGAGCUUUAUA